GUUGACCGUGCUCCAAACCGAAGUCACCAUGAUGCAAAAGAUAUUUUUCUUCUUCUUCCUCGCCCUGGUGGCCCUCUCCAUGGUCGCCGUCAAUGUCUCCGCGUGCCUCUCCAAAGGUGCCGGUUGCAAAGGUGACGGUUCUUUAGGAAACUGUUGCUCUGGUUUCUGCUGGCAAGCCAACGCAGGUUCCAUAGGUUCCUGCACAUAGGCGUCCACUAUCACCACCAGCUCCAACCAAUCAUCACGCAGUUCCCUGUCUUUUCACCCAUCAAUGUACAUACCGAAAAUCAUUAUCAAUCAGCAUAGUCCGUCUCGUACUUGAGCCUACUCUAUAGGCCCCCAUGCAAAACAAUGUAUAUCAGUUUGAUCCAUGUGUACAGUAAAUAAAAUGGAUACUCGCCAUCACCAAA